AUGAUUAGGGAACAGUCAGUUCUAACUGAAGAAGUGCAUCAGAACUUCUACCUACAGGUGGUGAUGAACCUGGAAUUCUUUACUCUAGAUGGUUAUGGAGUCCAAGUGGAAAGUGAAUGUUUUGUGAGAAGUGCUCACACAUUUAUAUGUGCAUCCCUCUCUCAAAUCAGUGGAACCUCUCCUCUGGCCUGCCUUAAUGCCAUGCUUCACACCAAUGCUCGUGUGGAAGAUGGAGCUUUCUGUCGAAUUCCAGGAAAGAUGGGUCUUUAUGCUCUUAAAAAGGAUGAACUGGUGAUGUCAGCAGAAGGGGUCAUUGAUUUGGAUGGCGAAUCAGAUUUAGACAGCUGUGAAAUGGCUGAAACAAAUAGCACUGAAGAGGAAAAUGGAGUUUGUCCAGAGAAAAAACAUGUGCCUGAUGAGAGUUCUUCUCCACAUAAUACAAAUUCUUCAACAACAAUUGCACAAAACAAGCUGAUAUCUUCUACUCAGCAGCAUACCAAAAAAGCACUAAAACAGGCAUUGAAGCAGCAACAAAAGAGAAGGAUUGGUGUUUCUAUGAUGAUGAACAAGGCCAUUCCUUGUGUUGUACUGACACCGCUAAAAGUAUCAGAAGAGCACUCAGAAUCACCAUCUGGAUUUGAAUCAAGCAAUAUGGGUGAGCUGAAUGGUUCUGAAAAAGAAUUAAAAGAUGGGGCAAGAUCUUCGCCAAGUCUCAUUAAGACAUCAGAUCAGCACCUGAAAAGACUGAAGAGAUCCAGUUCAGGACAGCUUAAACGGACAAGAGGAGAGGAAAUUGAUGUUGAAACUCCAGGUUCUAUUCUGGUGAAUACUAAUCUGCGAGCUUUAAUAAACAAGCACACGUUUGCCUCUUUACCACAUCAUUUUCAACAACAGCUCCUGAUCUUACUACCAGAGGUAGAUCGACAGAUUGGGUGCGAUGGGGUUUCUCGCCUCAGUGCUUCAGCCCUGAAUAAUGAAUUCUUUGCUUAUGCGGCGCAAGGUUGGAAGGAACGAUUAGCAGAAGGUGAAUUUACUCCUGAAAUGCAGUUACGUAUUCGACAAGAAAUCGAAAAGGAAAAGAAGGUUGAACAAUGGAAGGAAAAAUUCUUUGAACAAUACUAUGGAGAAAAAUCAGGAAUAACACAAGAAGAAGCAAUGAAGCUGGAAUCAGUAAAACAUUCUUUAGAAAAUCAAGACAGCUCUUCAUUUUCACCACAAAGCAUCGCAUCAGAGUCUUGUCAGAUCACAUCUGAUAGUAAAUGUGAAAGCAAAAUAAAUCUUGUGCCUUAUUCAGAUCUGCAACAAACACAGUGCAUCAUACAGAAAACUCCAGCCAAAGAGCCAUCCAAAACUGCAAAAGGAGAGGAUAUGCUAAUAUCCUUGUGCUCAGAUAUUACCUCAGAUGAAUCUGUUAUUCAGGAAGAGAUAGCUGAAGAAGUUGAACCAACUAUUUGUGGAAAUCAUAAUGAAAGCAAACCUCUCCAGUCUAAUAUGUCUGAUAUUGAUCAUUCAUGUUUGCUUAGUCCUGACAAAGCAGAACAAGUAGUAUUGACAGAUGAUUUGAAGUCUAAUCUAAAUACUCAAUGUAUCAAGGAGUUUGAGUCCCAGUCUGAGCAUACCAUAGAUCCACAGGCAACUUCCCUGGAGACAUCUGGCAUAUCUUUCCAACUGCUUUCUUCCACUUCUACACCCUCUCAAUUCUCUGAUUCCUUUGAUGCAACUAAUAGUGACAUAAGUGAGUCAGUGCAUAAUACAAGUAAUGAAGAGAGUACCAUGGAACAUACUUACAGUGAAAGGCUCGCAGCAUUCACUGAUAAUCUCUGUUCUCCAGGAGGGAAUGCACAGUGCACGUCCCAACAACCCUUAACCUCUAUAUGCUCUGAAACCUCUGAAACUGAGAACACAGAUUCGGAAAACCAUCUCCGGAUAUUGCAGAGCAUCCCUCAGUCACCACCACAGACAUCAACACCUUCAGACUCUCCCACAUUAUCUUUUGAAGGAUUUAGAAAAGAUAAAGACCUUGAGUUCCACAAAAGAAAACCACCAGAGCAGCACAUUCUGGAGAUUUGUCAUGAGAAAAGACCUAAAAUUGAAAACGAUCAGACCAUUUCCACUCCAUCCAGCAGAUCUCAAAGUGAAAAAGAAAUGCCUUCUCAGGAAGAGCCAAAGGUUCCGCCAAUCAAGAUUCACUUAUCAAGGAUCAAACUUCCUUUUGUUGUGCAGAGUCAACCAUCCUACCAGGUAUGUCCAAAGUCAUCCGCCAGUCGGACACUGGCUGGUGGAAGAAACACUGGCGCUAGGACCCUAGCAGAUAUCAAGGCCAGAGCACAGCAGGCUCGAGCUCAGAGAGAGGCGGCAGCAGCUGCUGCAGCUAGCCUGGUAGGAGAUGAAGGGAUCAGUGCUGCAGGAACAACUGGAGGGCAGACCAGAACACUGGCAGAUAUUAAAGCACAAACAAAAGCAAAGUUACUUGCCAAAUAUCAGGCCAGAACACAAUUGCAGCCAUUAGAAGAGCAAACAUCUGGUAAACAAGACCAGGCUACAACAAGGGAUGUACAGGAUGCCAAUGUUGUAAAGAGUGAAGAAGUUGUUAAAUCAGAUAACAACAUUUCAUCAAAGUGUAGUACUGAAACUACUCCAGCUCUCAAAGGCGAUGACAAUGUCGGUGACUCAGAUUAUACUGUCAAAAGUGCUAUUCAUUAUUCCUCUGAUAUUGCCGCAGUGGCAAACAUUCCUCACACUACUGCAUCUAGCUGUGUCAAAAAUGCCACAAAGGCACCCAUCACUGAUAAUACUGCAGUACCAAGUUCUGUUGGUCUUUUUACGGUUGCCUGUACUGAGAAUAUUAUAAUGCCCAGCUCCAAUGGUGAGGAAAGACAACCUUGCAUUAGCAACAAACAGAAUAGUGCUAUUAGUGCUUCUGUGCCGAGGUAUGCUGAUAAUAAAAGUUCAAUGCCAAGUACUGCUAAUGGGAAUUUCAUACCAAGCACAGCUGCCAGCAGCACAAAGACGAACUGCACUGCAAUUGAAACGGAAAUUACUGUAUCAGGUUCUAAUGGUUCUAGUAAUAAUAACGAAUCACCACUUUCUGAAGGUGGUGUUUCCAAAUCUCAGACUGUACUUAAUGCAUCCAUGCAGAGUUUGCCUGUCAGUGCUGUGCCAGCAGUGUAUUGCACCAGUGAUAUUUUUCCUGAUAAGGUUUCUUCUCCAAGCUGUGGUGAAGACAUCACGACUCUAAGCAAUAAUGAAAGUGUAACUGAAAGCAAUGAAAAUGCCUUUGAGAAUCCCUCUAUUGGUAAUACAUUAUCCACCUCUGUUGUCAGUACAGGCGUUUUAAAUUUCAAUACAGCAAUUAUUUUGAACUCUUCCAGCAAUAUUCACAUGCCAGCCAAUUUCAAUGCUGCAACUGAAUUAAAUUCAGCAGAUCAGUCACUGGAUCUGGGAUCUGCAGCAAUAAAUAAGAUAGAAAUUGGUGCACCAAGUGCCCCGCUGCUGAGCUCUUUGAAACCUCCUGUCAGUAUAGAAGGGACCUCUAAUGCUGACAUCCAUUAUGCUAUAAUUGAUUCUCAUACAACAGGAACUUGCGUGUCAAAUUUGGGUAUGGACCCACAGACUGUAAUAGUUAAAACAGAAAAUGCCUUGAACUCUCAAAUGCAAUCUCAGGAACUGAUCAGUAACUGCACUGAAACUGAUGCUGAAAGUCAGUCAGUGAACAAUGGCAGAAACAACAAUUCAGAAGUGGUAAAGAUUGACAGUCCAUCACUACUUGCGAAAGACAUGCAAGUAUCAACAGUUCUGUAUGGAACAACAAGCACUACUGGUCUACAAUUUAAGUUUAAUGAUCUUGAACAUCAUUGUUUUACAAUAAAAAACUCAGAAGAUUUUGAACAAGUCAUUAGUAAUAACCAGGAGCAAAACAUCUCAAACCAAAGCAAAUCAGGCUAUCAUACUAGUGAAAGUCAAAGUAUUAAUGAACUGGAGGGCUACAAUGACAAAAGCCAUAGUUCAGAUAAAUAUAAUGAAUAUGAUGUUUGUACAGUGAAGAAAGACAAAUUAGAUACUUACACCAAUUCUGGUGAAUCUGCAGACACAAAGCAAAAAAAAUUGGAACCUGUUAACACUUUUGCUGAGACAGAAGCUAACCAGUCCAUGGAAAAGAAAAAAGACCUUUCUAAUAUGAAUGACUCUGAAACUAACCAGGGAGAGCACCUGGAAAAAAAUGAAGCUACAGAAAAUGCCAUUCAUACCCAAAUCAAUCCAUUAGUGGGCAACUUGCAAACAACAAGCUCUAAAUCAACUUUUGGCACAAACCAAUCUCAGGCCUUCACAUUAUCAGCUGCAGAAAACCAAGAAAGGGUCCCUGCUCCUGGAAGCACUAAUCGUCAUCUUUCUUCAGUUGAAGCCAAUAACCCUCUUGUGACACAGUUGCUGCAAGGUAACUUGCCUCUAGAGAAAGUGUUGCCUCAGCUACGGUCAGGCACCAGGCUUGAAAUUAAUAGGCUUCCUUUGCCUUCCCGAGGUUUUAGUGAAUCAAAAGUGACUGCAGCUGAAAGGGAUGUCACUAUUAACAUUCCUCACCCUCUUUCUCAGACAUCAAAGGGGCAGACUUUGGGAACAAUGUGGGAGAUUCAGUGCAACACAGGUGAUAUGCAAGUAAGCAACAGACAGGCUAAAUCAACAGAGGAACAGUCACAAAGCAGUUUAAAGCAAACAAAGCAGUGCGCCUCAGUUGGAGUUGAAAUGUGGUCACAGACUCCAGUCAGUAUGGAUCAAAACCAAUCAGGGCAACAGCAAAUGUUAUUUAAACAAGAGUGGCUAAACAAGACUUUCAUUAAGCACAAAAUCAUUAAAAGCCCAGAGUUUAAAGAGCACAAGAAACUAUUGCCUGCAUGUGGUUUUGAGCAGAAUGUGUUGACAGGCAGUGACAACAGCAACAACUUGAUUAUCACAGCCCCUACCUCACAGAAACAGCACACUCAUCAAAAGUCUUUUAGCUUGAGAGGACUAACUGAAGCAGAAACCUUAGUGCAAACUAUACCAGCAGCCACUCUAGGUUAUGGCACCACAAAUGCAUUAACAUUUAGCCGAUCCUUAGAGCAAAGCAGCCCAGCAUUUAACACUAUAGCACAAGUAGAUACAUCAGUGGACACAGAUGUGGAAAGCAUGGGUGCUGUUUUCUCAAGCAGUCUUAAAAUUAAGCAAACUGAUAUCAGUUGUAGAGCAACACAAACUAUCCAGAAUAAUGCUGUGAAGCAUCUUUCUUCAUUUAAGGAAUGUGAAGCACCAUCUGAUCAAAGCACAGGAUUAGUUACUAUGGAAACCAAUAAAAGACUGAAUUUACAUGCUACAACUGAUGGUACAAGUGGUAUUAAAAUAGAGCAGUUCUCUGUUGAUGAUGCCUUAAGCAAAAGCUGUGCAGAGGAUAUCAAAGAUAUUUCAAAUGAUCAUUAUGAAACAAAAGAACACAUAAAGGUUUUCGGACCAACAAUGGAUGUCUUUUUAGGUAAAUUAGUAAAGGAGCCUGAUUUUUCUUCUCAUCUAUCCACUGAGUCUAUUAAGCCAGCCUCACACCUUGCCACUCAGAAACUUCUCCAGCAGCAGCAACUCUACGGAAAUUAUUCCACGUUACAUUUCAGUGGCACUAACUUGAAGCAAGCGGCUUCUGUUAUUGAACAGUCCAUUGGAAGUUUUCUGGGAAGUAGUGCAAAUGAUGCCAUUACUUUAUCUAACCAGAACUCUUCCAUUCUAGCUCAUAAAUUUUCUAACAACAAUAGUGCAGAAUUAGAAUUGAAGUGCUCUUGCAGACUUAAAGCCAUGAUUAUGUGUAAAGGAUGUGGAGCCUUUUGUCAUGAUGACUGUAUAGGGCCUUCUAAGCUGUGUGUAGCUUGCUUGGUAGUAAGAUAGAGAAUGGUGCCUCACCAAAAACAUUUUUAUCACAAUGCAUAGUACAGUAAUAGGAAGACUUUUUAAAAUAAUUGAUCUACAAAAGAAUCUCAAUGGAUGUUUUGUUAGUAUGUUGAGAGCUGUACCAUUGCACUACACCAGAAUUCAAGAUUACAGCAUUUUCUCCAAUAACACUCUACAAUAUUUACCAAAUUCUACUUUUAGAAGAAUGAGAAUUAGAUGACUGUAGGUAAUUCCAUUGUGUUGGUACUUCAUUACAUCUUUAGUGAAUUAGAAGACAAGGUUGUGCCAGCAAUUCCACACAUCAUACAGCUGGGAAAAUAGAAACCAGCCCUUUUCUGGCUAUUUCCGAAUAGCCUGGCUGUGGCUUAUAAGGUAUGAGCAGAUCUGUAAUAAAUUUGCUUUCUUAGUCACAUAGAAAUGAAGCAAUGUGGAGAGAUUAGUCUGAAAGUGACCAGGAUUGGAUAACACAUUAUCUUUAAUUUUAGUUAUAGAAAUAUGUAUUUUGUAAAGAUCUCCUUUUGCGGAGGUAAGAAUUGUAUUGAGUCCUUAGAUGCUUUGCAAAUACUGUAGUUCUUUAAAGCGUAUUUUUAAUCACUUAUCGAUCGUAUAUAUCUUUUAGUUACAGUUUUUGUAAUCUAUCACAAAACUUCCAAGCUCUACAAGGUUUAUUUUGAAGAUCUGACCUUAUAUUUUAAUUGCUUAGAAAUGGAAAAAUCCAUGGUUAUGUUACUUAUGUGCCAUAAUACUUGAAUGCACCACCUUGGCUUACUCCAAAUGCUGAAACACUCACACCAGCUUUGUGUUUUUACAACAAAAGAAAUCUAUUUCAGCUAUGUGAAAGAAAAGCAUUGUUAAAUUUUAGCACUAUUUUUAAGUUUUAUAUCAGUAAAUUUUGUAGGCUUAUAAUGAAUUUUCAAGGUCUUGAGAGUCAUUGCAUCGUGGCGUGAAACACAAUGUGAAUUUGUUUAAAUGUUUUAUUUUUCGUGUUUAGUUUUGUUAUAACAAUGGAUUUACUUCUCUGCGUCUUCAUCAGUGUUGGAAAUUUUUAAAUUUUUAAAAGCACUGAUACUUACACACAAGCUGCUUCCAGGGCUGUUUUGGCCCCAAACUAUCACUGUACUGUAAUUAUUCUGCAAAUGUUAGAUAUAACAGGGAAUGUUAUUGUUAAAGUGCAUGAAUAUCACAGCCAAAUGUGUGUAACUGUGGCUUUAAAUUUGUUUGAUGUCAUUUCAUUCAAGCAUUACACAUAUAAAAAGAACUCCAUUUAUUAUACAUGCGGAUAAAAAGCAGGAUAUACAGUAUUUUCGCAGGUAAAGAACAGCCUGCUUUUGUUAUCUCCUUAAUUGCCUUCAGUAUUUGAUAGCACUUUUUUUUUAAAUAUGCAUUGAACACAAAGAUAGAAUUGAUUGAACUUGAUUUGUUGAGGUGGACAUGUUAGUUAAUGCAUUAUGGUCUGACUUCACAUUCUGAUUUUAUGUAAACAAAUGGAUGCAUUGUUCAAACACAGUGGUAUGAAACAUUAAAUCUCACAGAAAGUUGGUACAUCAAAUCUGAGUUAUAAUGUACAUUGAAGUUCUGAAUUUAAGAGAUUACUAGUGGAGUACAUUACUUAUAAUUUCCAUUAUCCUUAUAGAAGCUUAAACAGUGUAAUUCUCAAUACUGAUAUGGUGGCACUUUAUUUGCUGCUGUCACAAACUGUUCUGAAAGCAGUAACCUCUGUUGGAAAUUUGGAGACUAUUGAGUAGGCACAGGUUAUUUUUUCCUAUCCCCUUCUGCCCUCCUGUCCAGAAUGCAGUCGUUCAUAACCAGAUUAUGGCUUCACAGCACUUCUAAUUGUGAAAUCUUUAUGAUAAAUUUGGAUCAAUUUCUGCCUUGAAUGUGGGAUCAAAACAAAAGCGAUUUUUCAUCUCAAUUAAUUAUCUACACGCACACACACUCACUCACUCUUACAGAGAAGAUUACUGUAUAGAAAUCAGGAAUACACAUCCAGAUUGAUUUUAACUUUUCUUAAUCACAGCACUGAGAGCAAACCCUUGUGCUUCUACUGCCAUCCUGCAUUAGAUAUCAAGAAACAGUUAAAGAGAUCAGUUGUAGCACCACCAUUGUUGGUUGUACUCAGCAUUUAUCUACUGAUCUAUCAGGAAUCCUCAACGGUUCUCUUGAGCUUAUAGUUCCAUUAUGUUUUUGUUAUCAGUAAACACAUUUUAUUGACAGUAAACAAGUUAUACAAAUUUAAACUGAGCACAAACCGUUGAUCAGUUAUCAGGUCCAUGGUGAUAAUAUAACUAUAUUUUCCUACUAUUUCAAAUUCUCCUUUUCUAUAAGGGGCUAGGAAAGUCAAGAAAAAAAAUACACCAAAGAAAGUUCAAUCUUUUUCUGGUUUGGAGCAUUACACACAUCUUUCCUACCUCAUUCUUCAAUUGAAUCUGAAUAUUUAUUACCUACCCUCUGAACAGAUCUGUCCAAAUCACGGCCCGUUCUUUAUCUGGAAAAGUAAAACUGUAGAUCAGGAAAUCUGUCAUAAAAAGAAAUAAUACUGGGGAUACUCAAAAGAUCAAACAACAUCUUUAGAGAAAGAAACAAAUAUCUCAGAUCAGUGGCCUAGCCUGUCAUUUUAAUUCUCCAUCCCACUCUCAUUGAGACUCUGAACCUUUGGCCGCCUAUUCUGUUCCAACAAAGCUAACAUGAAAGUACAGUUCAUCUAUCUAAUGCAGUCAUCAGGAUUGAAUGAAUAAAUUUCAGAUUACCAACCUUUCCUGCAUUCAACAUUAACUCAGUUUCUGUCACCUUACCUAAACUGUAAAGUUUUCCAGUAUUUUUUUGACUUUAGAUUUCCAACAGCUGCUUUGUUUUGCAUCUCACAGUUCCAGAAUUUUUGUUUUGCUAUUUAAUAACUGCUCACGUUCAUCUUCCUCUGUUAUACCAUUCUGGAUAGAUCAGCUAUUGUUAACUGCCAUUCCACCAUGGCUAAUCACAGAUCCCACCUCAGCACCCUACAUUUACUUUCUCACCAUAUCCUUUGAUGCCCUGACCAAUGAGGAAACUAUCAACUUCCACCUUAAACAUACCCCCAGACUUGACCUCCACUGCAGUCUGUAGCAGAGCAUUCCACAAAUUUGCUACUUUCUGACUAAAAAAAUUCCUCCUUACCUCUAUUCUAAAAGGUCACCCCUCAAUGUUGAGGCUGUGUCCUCGGGUUCUGGAUACCCCAUCAAGUGAAACAUCCUCUCCAUAUCCACCCUAUCUAGUCCUUUCAACAUUUGAUAACUUUCAAUGAGAUCUAACCACAUUCUUCUAAAUUCCAAUGAGUACAAGCCUAAACACUCCUCACACCUUAACCCCUUCGUUCCUGGAAUCAUCCUUGUGAACCUCUUCUGGACUCUCUUCAAUGACAACACAUCCUUUCUGAGAUACGGGGUCCAGAACUCUUGACAGUAGUCCACAUGAGCCUGACUAGUGACUUAGAAAGCCCCAGCAUUAUCUCCUUGCUUUUAUAUUCUAUUCCCCUGGAAAUGAAUGCCAACAUUGCAUUUCCCUUCUUUACCAGAGACUCGAUCUGUAAAUUAACCUUCUUGGAGUCUUACAUGAGGACUCCUAAGUCUCUCUGCACCUGUAUGUUUGAACUUUCUCCCCACCUAGGUAUUAGUCCGCAUUAUUGUUCCAUUUACCAAAAUACUUUAUCGUGCAUUUCCCAACACUAUAUUGCAUCUGCAACUUUUUUACCCAUUCUUCCAAUUUGUCUGAGCCCUGCUGCAAUCGCAUUGCUUCCUCAGGACUAUCUUACCCCUCCACCUAUCUUUGUGUCAUCCACAAACUUUGCCACAAAGCCAUCGAUUCCAUUAUCCAAAUCACUGAAAAACAAUGUGAAGAGUAGCGGUCCCAAUACUGACCCUUGAGGAACCCCACUAGUCACUGUCAACAAACCAGAAAAGGUUCUUUUUAUCCCCACUCACUGCCUCCUGGCUGUCAGCCAUUUCUGUAUUCAUGCCAAUACCUUUCCUGUAAUAAUGCCUUCUGAAAAUUCAGGUAAAUGACAUCCACUGCCUCCUCUUUGUCCACCCUUCUUGUUACUUCCUCAAAGAACUCUUAACAGCUUUGUCAGGCAAGAUUACCCUGUACAGAAACCAUGCUGACUUUUGACUUAUUUCAUGAUUAGUGUCCAAGUACCCAAAACCUCAUCCUGAAUAAUGGACUCCAGCACUUUCCCAACCACUGAGGUUAAGCUAACUGGCCUAUAACUUCCUUUCUUUUGCCUUCCUCCCUUCUUAAAGAGUGGAGUGACAUUUACAAUCUUCCAGUCUAUGACCAUGCAGAAUCAAGUGAUUCUUGAAAGAUCAUGACCAAUGCAUCUGUUAUGUCUUCAGCAGCCUCUCUUAAGACUCUAAGAUGUUGUCCAUCUGGCCCAGGUGACUUAUCCACCUUAAGACCUAUGAGUUUGCCUCACACUUCUUCCUUUGCAAUAGCAACGGCACUCACUCCUGCUCUCUGACAUGCACAAGCCUCUGGCAGACUGCUAGUGUCUUCCACAGUGAAGACUGAUACAAAGUACCCAUUAAGUUCAUUUGCCUUUUCUUUGUCUCCCAUUACUGCCUCUCCAACAUCAUUUUCCAGUGGUCCAAUAUCAACUCUCUCCUCCCUUUUGCUCCCUUAUUGGCUAAUUUGCCCUCAUAUUUCACCUUUUCCCUUAAAGCUUUCUUAGUAGCCUUUUGUUGGAUAUUAAAAGCUUUGCCAGUCAUCCAACUUCCUGUUCAUUUUUGCUACCUUAUAUGCCCUUUCCUUAGCUUCCCUUGCCAGCCAUAGUUGUCUAUCCCUGCUACUUGAAAACUUCUUUUUCUGUGGGACAUACCCAUCCUGUGCCUUGUGAACUCUUCCCACAAACUUCAGCCAUCUCUGUUCUGCCAUCAUCCCUGCCAGUACCCCUCUCCAAUCCACCUGGGUAAGCUCCUCUCUCAUGCCUCUGUAAUUCCCUUUAUUACAUUGCAAUACUGAUACCUGUGACUUAUGCUUCUCCCUUGAAAAUUGCAGUAUGAAUUCAAUCAUAUUAUGAUCACUGUCUCCUAAGGGUUACUUUACAUAAAGCUGUUUAAUAGAUCUAGAUUAUUACACAACACCCAAUCUAAGACAGCCUUUCCCCGAGUAGGCUCAAACACAAGUUGCUCUAAAAAGCCAUCUCAUAGGUAUUCAACAAAUACCCUCUCUUGUCAUCUGACACCAACCUGAUUUUCCCAAUCGAAUUAAAUCGUCUAUCUGUUUCCCGAACUAUAGAGUCCCCUAUUACUACUGCCAUCCUCUUCAGUUCCCUACCCUUCUGAGCCACAGGCCACCUGAAUGCCAGAGACACGGCCACUGUUGCUUCCUCCAGGUAGCUCACCCCCACGACAAUAAUCAAAAUGGAGCAUUUAUUUUUUGAGGGGGACAGCCACUAUCUGACAUUCUCCAUUCCCACUCCUGACUGUUACCCGUUUAUCUGCCUUGGGGUGACUACCUCCCUAUAGCUCCUGUCUUUCACCUCUUCACUUUCCCUAGCAAGCCGAAGGUCAUUGAGCUUCAGCUUCAUUUCUUUAAUGUUGUCUCUAAGAGGCUGCAACUCGAUGCAUCUGGUGCAGAUACGGCCAUUGGGGAGGUUGGUAGUCUCCUGGAAAUACCACAUAUGACACCCAGAACAGAACACUGUCCUUGUAGACAUAACUCAUAUUCUCUCAGGAGUUAGAUAAGAAGUAAAGAAUGAACUUACGCAUUUACCUUGCCUCAGCCUAUUCUUGCCAAAGCCCUAUUGAGCCAAAGCCUUACCACUCUGACUCAGUCCACUCCAAAAAUGACCGCUCCACUAGACAGUACCCCUCUUUUAUAGAGACUGGGUUUUUAAUGGUCUUCAAUGGACUUGUGUGGGAACCCUUUUCAUUUCCAUCUUUUAGGUGUUACCAAAAGCAAUUGAGCAGCUUUCCACUUCUCCCUACUUGAUUCUGCACUUCUACAACAUGCUGAAGACCGAUUUGUCUGGACUAUUAACUGUUUCCCUGCCCACAGAUACACACUCACCCACAGAGAAUCCCCAUUCUUUAUAUGCAUACUCAAGAAAAGAAAACAUACACAUAUUAUUAUUGCAGACUUUAAUAUUUGGCCAUACUAAUCAAGUUCCAAAGAUUUAGCCAAUCCUCUGGAAUAAAAAUAGAUUUGCACCUCAACCUAAACCUAAAGAGAAUUUCAACAUACAUUGCAUCUAUUUAUCCCAUUUGGCAAAAUAUGUAGCAAUAAUUUCUUUCCAAUUCUCUUAACUUAGAUGCUGAAGGCAGAGAAAUCUUUUCCUUAAUAAUGCUGACUAUUGCAACUGUCAGGGACUUAAACAUGUACAGAUUUCCAAUAUCUGCAGCAAUUUACUUAAGGAUUAUGCUUCCUGAAUUUCUAUCAUUUCUCUCUCCUAAUUGUGAUAAUUUUAAAAGCUUCUCUACAGUAUUUAUGGUGUUCUAAGAGAAUGUUUUUCCCAAGUAAUAGUGUCUCAAUAUUGAUUAAUUAUUAUAUCCAUGUGUUAAUAAGGUGCAUUAAAUCAGACUGUUCUGUUUCCUCAAAUUCCCCAGCAGAAAUAUCAGCCAUGAUUACCUUCAGAGCUCUGUCUCUUUUAUAAAAGCAUUUUAAUACAAGAUUUAUUUUUGACAUUUUCUUGUUUUUAGAACAAAACAAAAAUGGGUCAAAUGUUUUAAAAUGUUUUUACCAAAACUUACAGAAACUAUUGUAGAAGAUGAUUUAAAAAGUUCUUGUGGAGCUGCUUCCAAACCUCUGCCUAUGGAUUUUUUUCAAAUUUAUGAAGUUUUCAGAAAGUCUUAUGAGAAAGAAAAAGUAAGUGAUGGAGCAGGUGUUCAGCAUUUUAAUCACUUGUUUCAAAGUCAAUGAAUAAUAACAUGCUACUCUCAACAUGCAGUUCAUAAAGCUGUAAAAGUGAAAACUCUUUGCACCUACAAUAGUUUUGUUUAAUUUUAAGCAAUCUGUUACCUAAGAAAUUAAUUUAAUAUAUAUAUAUAAGGUGGUCGAGUAUCUAAGAUCUGUCAUCAAAUAGUCUUAAUAUUUAGAAUUUAAAUCAAAGGAAAAUUAAGGGAUAAAGGCAGAGGAAUAUGACCAGUUGAAUAAAGGCUUUUGAGCUGUUUGAGUGCAAGAAAAGUGAUCCAAUUAGCCUUCUUUGAGACUUUAAAAUUCUUAUGUAUGUAUAAAUUAAUUAAUCCGCUUCUUGAUUUUCAUUAUGCUUUAUGCUCCUGUUAAAGCAAUGCAGAAAGGUGAUUCACUGAUGGUUUUUAUUUUUGACAAAAUGGUAAGAAUUAACUGGUGUCCUAUUUGCACUGUGCACCAUGCAUCAAGAACAGUUUUUUUUAUUUGUAUAGUUUUUACAAUGUGGCACUUAAUUGGUUUUGUUAUCAAACAGAAUCUGCAACAAACACACAAGAUACUAAAAAUUAUUGACUUAUUGGUUAGAGCUUGAUUUUAAGGAAUGUCUCCAUUUUUGGUUAUGUAAAUAACAUUUUCCUUUAAGUUAUUGGUGCAUUAUUAAUGGGAUCUCAUGGAUCCACACUAUAUUUAUGUUUAUAAAUAUGAUUCCAAAUAUAUGUUCUCACACAGCAACACCACAUAUAAUAAAGACAUCAUUUUGUUCUGCUUUUUCCUCUGCUUUUCUACCAAAGAAAUGGUAAUUGAAUCAGGUUACAUAACUUCAUAAAUGGUUUACAAUGUCCUCAAAAGAGACAGCAUUUUUCUUUUCUCCACCAGUUUUGGUAGGUUGCUCACGGGUGAAUGACAGGUCAAAUCCUACUCCAUCUUCAUGAGUAAACCAAAACUUAAUUUUGUGGUAAAUUCAGGGAAUCACACUUUGCAACUAUGUGUUAUAUUUUUGUUUUAAUCGUCACAUGAAGUGAUUUUCCACGAUGUCGUAAACAUUAAAAACAUGUGUUUGUGACCUUUCUGUAUCUUUUCCUGAUUAAAAAUAUACUAAAAGUCAGUUUGUAUGGACAAAUCUUUUGUAAUAAGGGGGAAAUGUUCAUGCUUACAAUUUUAGAGGCCAAUUCUUCAAAUUCUGCAAAAUGGGCUCUCACUGUCAGAGGCUUGCCAAUUACAAUUGUGAUUUGCACGUUUCAGUCACCAUUUGCCUAGACGUACUUCGGAUUAAUUCUUAAAG